GCUGUGGCAUACCCCGAGGUCCUGAACAUCCGCCCUCAGACGUCUUGUUCUCACAAGGGGGGGUCCUGUCAUGUGUGGCUCUAUGCGGUGCUGGUACACUCUGGGUACAGCUGCAAUGCAGGGCACUACUACUGCUAUGUGAAGGCCAGCAAUGGGCAGUGGUAUAAGAUGAAUGACAGCGUGGUCUGCCACAGUAACAUCAAAUCAGUGCUGAACCAGGAGGCCUACCUGCUCUUCUAUGUGAGACUCUCUGGCCCAGAGAAGAGCUUGGACAGGCCCAUUGCCAGAGCUGUCUCCAAGCUGACUGGCUCCGAGUGCACAGUCUCCAAAGAGGCAAAGAAAACUGUGAGCCACAGGCCCCUGUUCCCAUCACUGGUGAGUCCUGGAGGCUUCUCUUGGGCAGUGCUCAUGGGAGCUGGGAGCUGCUGCCUCUCAGGCUGCUCUGCUGCAGUCAGGCAGGGAGCAAGCUGUUUGCAGGAGGGAUCUUGCUGA